AUGAUUGGACGUAUCUUUAAACAGGGAAAGCCCAAAAGUGAUCAAGCUGAGAACCUAAUGGAGACUGCUGUUCCAGAACCCAUGAUCAUGUCUAAUCAGGCUUCAGCUUCCGCUCAAGCUCCUCUACCAUCCAUCGCACUUUUCAAAACUCCGACUCAGACCUAUACCUCGGUUGAAGCUUCCAGCCCUGCUUAUCCUCAUGCCUUUGCUCCCCUAACUGUUUCUGUGCCAGAUCCUGUGCAUACUAUUGCUGGGAAUGCCUCUCCUGCAGCACUGUUUAUUCCUCCAAGAGGUCAUACCAUUGAAUCUAUGCAGCGACCAGUUGACAUGCAUCGAUCGCCUGCCUACAUCGCGUCCCCACAACUUCAACAGUCGGAUCAAAUAAAUUUAAACUCAGCCCAGGCAUAUCCCCAAUCUCACCAGCCAACUGAAAUGCAUCUUUAUCCAAAUCUAGCAGCACACUUUCAGCUUCAAAGUCCUAAUGCAGUCCAUCAGGCUCCAGAGCAAGUAUCAAAUCUAUACUAUCAAGCACCAAUGAAAACUACUUCUUUUAUUCCUGGGAAUGCUGCCUUUUCUCCAUUUUCUGCACCUGCAGUAUCUGAACUCGGAGUCACACAAUAUUUUGCAGACACGUAUGCCGACUAUCCAACGCUUCCUCGUGUUCCAGAAAAAACAGAAUCUAUGCUCAAGGAUCAUGUUGCUCCUACAACACGCGGCAAUGAUCUCCCGCAUAUUCCACAGAUAACCACUUUAAUCGAGUCUGAAGCUAACAUACCGUCUACUUUCGUUGAUACAGAAACUGCUUGUCCAAUUGUCGAGCAAGCCGACUCUAAGCAGGUCGCGAGUGCUCCUGUAGUCUCUGUUGAAACUCGCUUGUCUGCCACACCUGAAAUAGAAACUACAGACAAAUCCACCCAUUCAAUCCUAGUUGCUGAACCACAACCGAUUGUCGCCUCGCUAGUCAAAAAUGACACUGAUUCAAAAUAA